CACUCCCUGCUCGGCACCGUCUCCUGGUUUCUUUUUCCUUUUCACCUUUUGCCCUGCCUGUUAUUGUGUGUGUGUGUCCUCGUCCUCCUUUGUUGCUUCGCUUUCCCCCCUUCUAUUCGCCGCCACCAUCUAUUGCCGCUUCGUCCUUUCAAGAUAAAGAAGCAACAUCUCUCUCGCGCUUCGACGACGGUCUUAUCUUAUCCAGCUCUUUGGCCUAUAAGAGCCGUGUGCACUCGGGUAUUCUUACAACACCAACGCCGCAUCAGUCCUCCCUCAUACGCCAAUAUGCCGGUUCAACUUCUGCCAGCGUCCGCCGCUGCUUUCGCCCCGAGGGCUUCCUCCGUCAACGUCGUCUUGGGCUCCAGGAUCGAGCCGUGGCUUACACAGACGCUUAAGCGCAUCAAUCGGGUGAAGCGACCCCUCAACAGCGUACCUCAGCACCAGCGAUGCCUCACCGAGACACUGUCAUCACCAAACGCCAUCUGGACCCUCGCCUCUUUAAUGUUUCCCAAGCUGCCCCAAGCCGAGAUGCCCGAGGACCCCAUGGAGCACCUCUUCAGCCACCAGCUCAUCCACAUCGAGGCCUACAUCGUCCACGUCGACAUGGUCCUGCGCAACGAGGUCGCCUACAAGCUCACCGUCGAGACUAUUGACGCCCUUGUCGAGUACCACAAGGAGAUCCACUGCGUCGACGCAAAGGCCAACACCUACGACUGGUCCGAGAAGGAGCAGCAGUGCAAGAAGCUGCACGAGGACUUUGUGCAGGCCAUCAACAAAUUCGUCUUCCGCACACAUGUCUCUGCUCUCGAGGGUCUCGAGGAGGAGGGUGCUGGCGAGCUCCUCAAUGGAAAGAGCGAAGAGGUCAAGGCGAACCUCAUGAACCUCAUGAAGCCGCUUUUGCCUCCCCCGCCAAGGGUUGUCGAGGUCAUUCGACAGCCGCCUCUGCUGCCCAGCUCUCCCAUCGCCAACAUGUGGACACAGGCUCCCCCUCACAUCAUUCCCGCUGCUGUUGAGCCCUGGCAGGUGCUGCCUUCAAGUCCCAGCGUGACUUCAUCCGUCGACUCGAGCAACACUCCUCUCUGGGCCAACAUGGGCAUGAGCGAUGUCCAGCUGCCUUCUCCUACUCCUUCGUUUAGCCUUCCGCAGUCUACUGCCGAGCUCUUCUACAGCCCGCCAAUCAUGGCACCCAUUCCAGCUCUCCCACUGCCGAGCGUAUAUGCGCCCUCGCAGUGCGGUGUAAGUCUGGGCAUGGGCAUCGGUGGCUUUGGCGGCUGGGAUCGCUACCAGGAGUAUGCCACGAUAAUGUGAAGUUGCAGUCCCGCAACCGACAAUCGACUUCUUAAUAAUGCCCCGCUAACCAGCUCGCGGUUACGGGGCCCCCUUUUCUCUCAGAGACAAAAAGCACUCGAGUCAUUAUCUUCUCAGCGGCAUAGACAUUCAUGUCAGGGCAUAUAGGCGUUUUGUUGCAUCAGGAACGGAGUUCGAAUACCUCAACCAAAUAUUCUUUCUAGGAAAUACCCCUAAUCAUUUCCUCUUUUUUCU